CUGCCACCCACCACCAUAUUGGUGGAAGUUGAAGGUCGCGAUGGCGGACGAAGCAGUCACAGGAACGAAGCGGUCGGCCGCCGCCGAGAUGGACCUCCCAAAGAAGAAAAAGUUGAAGAAGCUUACACCAGAACAGCUCACGCAAUUGGAGUAUCGCAAGCGUCUCGAGGCAUGUGCUGCAUCGAGCAAUGCACCGGAAGCACUUGCACUGUUCCACGAAAUGAAGCAAAUGGGGGUGCCCCUGCACACGUACUUGUACCAAGUCAUCUUGAAUAUCUGUGGGCAAUCCACGGCUGCAAACAACUUGGUCGCCGACGCGUUCGAGGUGUACGAACACAUGAAGAUUCAUGCUGCAGCGGCCAUGCCCAAGUCCAAGAAGCAUCCCGUCGACGAGUCGUCAUAUAGCGCUCUCAUCAAGCUCUGUUCCAAGCAACACAUGACUGAACGCGCGCUGGCCCUCAUCACGGAACUCGAGGACAACAAGGUCGCUCCCAAGUUGCGGACAUUUGCACCUCUUUUAGUCGAAUUCACAUCGAUCCUCGAUCUGAAACAAGCGUGGUGGGUGUACGAAAAGCUCGUUCAUCAUGGAAUCGACGCGACGGAGGCUGAAUACGCCGCGCUGCUCGGUGCGAGCUCAGCGUUGAACGAUUUGGACAUGUUUUACAAAGUGCUUGGAAUUUUUUGCGACGAGAUCCUCGUGCCCAGCCCGAGCACUUGGCAAAUCCUCAAAGAAUUCUUUGGCAAGCCGGGAAUUCACAAGGACAAAUGGCUGUGCAACGUUGGGGAAGUGAAUAAGGCAGGGAUCUGCUCUGUCACGGGCUCGACAUUGCAAAGCGUCGAGCUCUCUGCGGAAAAGCAACAGGCACUCUUGACCAAGGUCGAGAACUUGGUGUGCACCUCGGAUGAGCGCGUCGCGCAGUGGGCUGCAUUCAAGGCGUGGCUGGACGAGCAUGGGCCGUUUGACGUGAUCAUCGACGCCGCGAACGUGGGAUAUUUCAACCAAAACUUUGAAGGGGGGGGCUUCAACUACGGCCAAAUCCAAACAGUUGUGCAGGCGUACCAGUCCAAGGGCCUGACGCCUUUGAUUGUACUUCACAAACGCCGCACGAAGGACAACCAGGUGCCGGCGCAGCAUCGAGCGAUGGUCCAGCAGUGGAAAGACGAGAAAACCAUGUUUAACUGCGAGUACGGCAACAACGACGACUGGUACUGGCUGUAUGCGGCGGUCAAACUGGGAGGGCGGACAUUGGUUGUAUCGAACGACGAAAUGCGCGACCACCAUUUCCAAAUGAUCCACAACCAAGACUUUCACCGGUGGAAGGAACGGCACUUGGUCCACUACGAAGUUCGCGGUCACAACGUCGUUCUUCACGAGCCGUCCGUGUACUCCAAACGGAGCCAGCACUUGGCAUCGAGCUGGCACUUUCCUACGACCUCAUCGUCCGAUUGGCUCGUGUUUCAUCGUCGCCGACAGCCUGCUCCAUGAUCGAUCAUGCCCUCGCACAGCUAUGUUUAGACAAAGAGUGCCGGACAUGCCUCCUGGAAUAUGAAAGAGUUGAUCGAGGCAGGCAUGUGUGCAAGCUAUAAAUACUCGACAAUGGCCCGAUGAUGGAGCACACCA